GUCAGCGGUCGCCAUCUUGUGUCCUGGCGAGAGCGGGCGGCUGGAACCUGAGGAGCUGCUGCCAGUACUAAAGAUGGUGGUUCCGGGUGGGCGUGAAUAGUGACCCAGAUCCCGCAGGCCCAUGUCGGCUACCGAGGAUCCCUGGCGGGAGGACUCAGCGAAGAGGGAGGAAGACGCGGAGGAAGAAGAGGACGAUGAUGAUGAUGAGGAGGAGGAGGAGGCAGAGCAGUUUGUCCUGGUGGAGUUGUCAGGAAUUAUUGAUUCAGAUUUUCUCUCAAAAUGUGAAAAUAAAUGCAAGAUUUUGGGGAUUGACACUGCCAGGCCCAUUAUGCAGUUGGACAGCUACGUCUUUGCUGGGGAGUAUGAAGAUACUGUUGGAACCUGUGUUAUAUUCGAAGAAAACGUUGAACAUGAUACAGAAGGCAACAGUAAAACAGUGCUGAAAUAUAAAUGCCACACAAUGAAGAAACUCAGCAUGACCAGAACUCUCUUGACAGAGAAGAAGGAAGGAGAAGAAAGCACAGGAGGAGUAGAGUGGCUGCAGAUGAAAGAUAAUGAUUUCUCCUACAGAACCAACAUGAUUUGUAACUUUCUACAUGAAAAUGAAAAUGAAGUUGGAGCUUCAGCCUCGAAAAAACGUUUGAAGGUGGAAGAGCAAGAGACUAACGUGAAAGACAGAUCAAGCCUCAUCUGUGAACAGGAGGAAGCACUGGAAACAGCAGCUUCUGAUCCUCUAGUUAGCAUCCCUUCUUCUGAGAUGGAAGGUGCUGUUCUUAUGGAAACUCAGUUCUCCACCUUAAAAAUCACCCCUAGAUGAAAUGAUCCUCAUAACUUAGGUCUCACUCUGUAGUCCACGCUGGGCUUGAACCUGCUGUGU